AUUACGCUUUGAAUCACGGAACACAAAAGGACACUUAAUGAACCUAUCGCUUUCCUACGCGCCUUGCACUAAUUGCCCGACUACACGCAAAGCGAUCCUUUUCCGGCUCAGUCCAUCAUUUGUCCUGACUGCAGCAACAUGGUGCUGAUGAGGCUUUUCUGUUUCCGACUGUCAGUCCGUCUUGGUUCAAUCAUCGUUGGAGGAUGCUGUAUAGUAAUGGCAUUAUAUCGCAUUAUUCGUUUCAUUCUGCAAUGCAAAUGCUUUCUUUUAUCCCGCUUCUUACAGUUGGAAACAAUCGUUACGAUGGUCACGCUAGCAGCAUCGGGUGGUGCUCAAUUUUUCCUACAGGAAGCCCUCUAUUACGAGGAAAAUAUGAAUCAGUACAAUCCGCAUGAUGUGUUUCUUUGGCUAAUUGUGGUGUGUAAAACGAAUGCGGAAAUGUUCUUUACCUGCACGAUGAUCUGCAUGGCACUGUAUUUGCCGUGCUGUGGUGCAAUGAUGAUGGGAGCUUAUUUUAUGAAACAGUAUCUCCUAGCACCGUUCGUAUUGGUGGAGUUAGCAAGAUUGAUCUGCAUCACACUGACCCAUGUGAUCGCAAUGAUGGUGAUUAAGAAAUCGAUUAAUGUGGGCUACCUUAUAGCCCUCACCAUUGCUGGAGGAUUUGCUUUGUUACUGCUGUUCUAUCUGUGGGGAUGUGUGGUAGCCUUGAUGCAAAUACUGAGAAUUGUCCGUUCGCCGGAAUACAUUGCCGUGUUCGGGGACAAUCCCUUAGCUCCCGUGAACCUCGGUGAAACGACUCCACCGAUGAACGAUCACGCAACGAGGGAGUGGAACGGAACCGGGCUCAAGCCUACGGAACGGAACCAUAUCAACAAAAACCUCGAACGGUUACCACCGACGGAACUUUCGACGGGUCAGUUUAAUGGGCCGAACAUGCUGAUUGAUGACUUUCGUCCACUGCACAGUCGCUAUUCGUAUAGCUGGGCUAUUUAAAAGAUUUUUUGUAAAACAAUUUGGCCUAUUAAUGAAUUAAAUUAAUUAAAAUUAAUAAAUCUGUUCAAAUAAGCUUAAGCUGCUUUCGAACCCACUAUCCAUGGCCCCAUUCGGGUGCGGAAACCAUUUGCGCAUAUGCAAAGCCAUUCGGCAGCGAUCAGGUCAGGGCACCCGGUCAGAAAUGGAUGGGUUGGCGAGAAGAAGGACAAUCCGCUGAUAGCAAACGACAAAGCCGGCAGCCAUAUAAAACAAAAUAAAACGGCCACAACACUUUAUUCACCGAAAGGAUUAUUUUCUCGCAUUUAGUGUAAACAAAGUACUCGUCGAUGACGAGAUCGAACGCAAUCGGAAAGAUUGUUCUUAUGGUUUUUUUGUUGCGUUUCUGGGCCUGCAAUAAACGGUUCAGUGCAGCUGACCGCGAUCAUUUUAGCGGCUUUAGGCUCACAAAUACCGUGAAUUGAUAUGGAUUUUUUUCUGCGUUAGUAGCACCGGCGGGUGGAACGAAAUUCACCCAUACUGUGAACGAUUUUUUUUUUACAGUGAGUGACACUUUUUGUUAAUGAUCGACUGAUCAUUAGAAGCUUUUUUGCUCAAUAAAACAAACCUUUUUUUAGCACAUACAUUUAUAUUAACCAGGGCCAAAAUAAGAUAAAAAUUAAUGUUUUUACUUAUUUGUUUGAAGAACAUUCU